AUAAAAUACAAGGGAAUAAAGAAGAAUGAAGAAAUCGUUCAAAUCAAUCAGAAAGUGAGGGUUCUCUUUCCCUCCUCCACCUUCUCUCACACUCUGCUCUUUUGAAUCGCACGCACAGGCACAGCUUCAUCGACGCCACUUCAAGCUCGUCAACAUGCUUCCUCUUUCUCUUCUUAAGACCGCACAAGGCCACCCUAUGUUGGUGGAGCUGAAAAAUGGAGAGACAUAUAAUGGCCAUUUGGUUAAUUGUGAUACAUGGAUGAACAUUCAUCUCCGAGAAGUUAUUUGUACCUCUAAAGAUGGAGAUAGAUUUUGGCGGAUGCCUGAAUGCUACAUACGGGGAAAUACGAUCAAGUACCUUCGAGUUCCUGAUGAGGUUAUUGAUAAAGUUCAGGAAGAAAAGAGCCGUACAGAUCGCAAGCCACCUGGUGUGGGACGUGGUAGGGGUAGAGGUAGGGAGGAUGCUGCUGGUGCUGGUGGACGCCAAACAAAAGGCACUGGGCGUGGUUUUGAUGAUGGUGGUGCUAGAGGAGCCGGAGGCCGAGGCAGGGCUAGCCAAGGUGGAAAGCCUGGAGGAAGCAGAGGUGCUGGGCGAGGUAGAGGUUGAUCUAUGCAAAUGAUAUGAAGUGUGAACUACUUCCAAUGGGACUUUGCUCUACUUUUAGAGGCAUUUGUGCUUGUCUUUAUGCGUACCUGCAGCAGACUUCACUGCCCGUGUUUCAUAUGUUUCCUUGGAUUUUAGCUUUGAAGCAUUUUUCUUGUAUUUAUCUAUGGUCUCAAAAAUGUUGGUGCUAUUAUAUAUUAUUUGAGGAAGGAUUCUGUCUAAUACCUUCCAAUGGUAAACAGUUUUUUUUUCUUUAUUUCCCCGCAGUAAGAAGAGCACCCAACGUUGGUAUAUUUGGGAUGCUCCUUUAACAAUUGUAGAUGAAACGUUUGGGGGGUUUUAACUUGAAGUCAUGUUCUAGUAAUUUAGACGUUUGCUAGAAAUUAUCUGUUUUUUUCCUCAUGAGGUUGAAUGUUGAUUUAAAACGUUUGGAGCAAUCACGAAUUUGAAA